AUUCUACAUUCAUUACACUACGUACGUACAUAACUUAUCCUGGGCCAACUUCUCUCGAGUUGAUGCUCAUUUAUGUAUCUUCACUUCUUAACAAUGUUGAAAACUGAUAAAAUAUCGAGAUAGCAGCACAAUUGGCUGCUCAUUUUAUUGUCCAAUUCUACACAUGACACAUCACAAACUCAGACAUACGAAUGAAGGUCCCGGGGGCCUUUAUUAGCCAUGUACUGGCCUAUUGGAACUCCUAGAAUCUAUGCGACGACCACCAGCCAAGCUUCCGUUAAGACUAACUUCAUCGUCUCUAAUGAUGGAGUUGCUUCCACCACCACCGCCGACACUGACUCUUUGUCGAGUUCCGAACCACCGCCUCCCGUCUUGCUUGACGAAAAGGACCGAGCUGCCCCAGAUACCCAUUUACAACCCGUAACGCCGGGUCUGAAAACACCAGCUACUCCAGCUAUCAACUCGGUAGAGCAUGAUGUCUAUCACGAGGGAAGCAGCUCGAAUUCCCAACAGUAUCUUCCGGGAUCCGGAGGAGGCAUCCCAGCUGGGGAUCCAAUUGUUGCUUUAAGAGUGUCUAGGACUGGCCAUUUGUUUGCUGUUAUUACAGCGACUACCAUGACAAUAUGGCAAACCAAGCCUACUGUAAUUCAAGCCAUCGUUGUCAGAUCCGAAGCGUCUAUUAAAUCCUACGGUACAAACGUCGCCCUUCUCCUAAGACCUGACUCUGUCAUAUUCGUCGUCCAAACAAGUCUCGGAUAUCUAAUUACAUAUUCACUUGCGACCGAUGCCGAAUCCCGCGUAUAUAAACCUCAUUUUUCCGACCAUAGUAAUAUCCAAAGGCGGCGACAAAGUCAUUUUGGAGGACCCGGUAAUAAUACACCCGAUCAAAUAUUGCUGGGUCCAGGUGAAGGAGCUGGUGUUCGUGAUAUAAGUGUUCGCUUUCGUAGGGUGAUCAAAGUCGAUGCGGGUAUCCAAUGUGUUAUCGCCCUCGAUGACGAACUAGUUGUCUCUACAAAAAAGCCAGCAGCUGUACAAUGCAUUCGAUGGACCCCUGACAGUACUGGCAACCAGACAAGUACGGAACUCGUAAGCCGCAUGGGCUGGUUGGAGAAAAAAGUAUCGAUCAAGGAAAUGACCCAUGAUCGACCAAUGAACCUCUCUACUUGGGUUACAAAUGAUGGGAAAGCUUACGCUGUACAGCGAAUCUCACCUAACCAGACUAAAGAUAAUCCCGAUUUCGACCCUAAAAAACUUUUCAAGGGCCAUUGCUUCCAUACACCGCUUGGGGAUAGUGAUCGUGCAGUCAGAGCGGUAGUCAACGCCCGAUUCUCGCUUAUUGCUGUAGGGAUCGCCGACGGGAGCAUUCGUGUUUUCUCCGUCAGAGACUAUGCUGGCAAUAUCCCCUCCUCCCAUAUUCAUCGGCUCCCGGUCUCAUCCGAAACUUCUGGUGCACUAGUAACGUUAAGCUAUUCGCCGGACGGUUAUUGUCUCUUCGCAGGCUAUGAAAAUGGAUGGGCGACCUGGAGCGUAUUUGGCAAAACUGCUAGUCACAGUUUCCACGCUAAUCCCUCUAUCAUAUCUGCUAAUCAAGAGGCGUGGCUCGAUGGCGUUACCGAUGCUAGUUGGAUCGGGGGAGCAUGUGAGAUCCUGAUGGUUGCCCGUCAGAAUGAGUCUCUCUGGCUACUUGAGAUGGCACGGAGUGCAGUGACUGGUUGCUAUACUCCACCAAAUCUCUUCCGGACGGUACUACAGAGCUCAUCUAGUGUGAUGGUCUACCGAGGUUAUGACCUCCCGGACCUAACUAGUAUCUCUGCCGAGCCGUUUCUUUGGCACAAUGCGAGGAUCCCUUCCAACUACCUUCUGAACCAAUGGCCGAUCAAAUGUACCGCUGUUUCUUCCGAUGGCCGAUAUGUUGCCGUUGCGGGUAGACGUGGACUUGCACACUACAGCGUUAAUAGUGGUAGGUGGAAAACUUUUGCGAAUGAUGUCAUGGAGAAUGAGUUCCAGGUCAGGGGUGGGAUGUGCUGGUAUCAGCAUAUCCUAGUAGCAGCUGUUGAAGCUAAUAGAUCAUACGAACUUCGGUUAUACUCGAGAGAAGCCGCUCUAGAGACAUCAACAGUCAUGUUUAAUCAGCAAAUGCCAGCGCCUAUUGUCUUAAUUACUCCCUCAGGGGAGGAUUCCUUGCUCGUCUAUACAUACGACAACCUCCUCUACCACUUUGUCUUUGCGCCUGUUUCCGGUGCCGUACGACCGAUACAAGUCGGACAAAUUGCUUUCCACGGCAUUGUCAGAUCUCCCGCGAGAGUGAGGGGUCUAAGUUGGAUAUUACCCGAAAGUCAGAUGAUCGAUGGCGACCCUUCACAAGAUGUCACAUUUGCUUCAGUGCUAUUUCUAGUAGAUGGGAAACUUGUCCUCCUUCAACCAUCAUUGAAUACCGAAGGGCAACUCAAGUACGAUAUGCGCGUUAUAUCGCAUAACGUAGAAUUCUACGCAAGCAUGAAGGAUCAAUCAUCCGUUAAUAUGCUAAGUGAAUCUAGUGGACACUUCUCUGUGGAUGCUGAAGAGAAUAGUCUUCGAAACUCAUUAUGGGUAUUCGAAGGUCACGAAUUAAAAGUAUGGCCUGAUAUCCAACAAGUUCUGCGAGCUACGUCAAUUGAGCCAACUAAGGAGUUACCUCCUACGGUUUCUAUGCCUAUUGACUUCUACCCUCUUUCUAUUCUUUUAGGCAAGGGAAUUGUGCUGGGUGUUGAAUCUGAACUAGUCCAACGAAGAGACAUUAGCUUCUCUUUCUUCCGAUUCUCUAUUAGGACACAUCUUUUCUUAGCCGAAAUUCUGCGCUUCCAUUUAGUAGCGGGUAAUUCCGCUGCUGCGCUGAAACUCGCCCAACAAUAUCAACACCUAGAGUACUUUGCGCACGGUUUAGAAGUACUACUUCAUCACGUUCUCGACGAGGAGGUCGAUUUAGCGCCCAAACCGGAAGAUGCCAUACUUCCGAGGGUCCUCUCCCUUUUAUCAUCUUUCAAGCAAUAUUUAGACAUUGUAGUCCAAUGUACAAGAAAAACAGAGGUCAGGUCGUGGAGGACACUCUUUGCGUACCUACCUCCUCCGCAGGAGUUAUUUGAAGAAUCGCUACAACGGGGCUCUCUAAAGACAGCAGGAGGCUAUCUAUUAAUAUUACAUACAUUCGAAGAACUAGGAGCCGCGUCGGAGCAGUCGGUACGGUUAUUUUCCAGAGCCAUUCGAGAAGAGGAUUGGGAACUUUGUAAGGAAUUAGCUCGAUUUCUAGCGGCUAUGGAUGAAAGUGGGGAGACAUUAAGGGAGGCGAUGGAAUUGGUCAAUAUCCGGGUUAAACAGGAGUCGGAGGAUACCGACAUAAUGACCAGACUCGAAGUGCCGCCGCGAAGCACUAGUGGUAGUUCGCGAUUAAUGCGACAGAACUCGGAUUCCGAUGUACAGUCAGGUAGCGACAUAAGCAGUUUUGGUACGGCAAGUCCAAUAUAAUAGGAGCAUGGAGUUUGGUAUAUGAUGAGUCAAAUGGGAUGGCAGUUCACAUUCUCCGUACAUAUUAGGAGCUGAAGGAUGGCAUUUUGCAACUUAGGGUCAGCCUUUGAUACGCUUCUAGAAAUGGGAAGGAAUGCAGGCUUACUUCUAUCAGUAAUGCUUCCAAAAAUGCAUAAAUAAAAUGUAAUUCAAGUAAUAGGAAAUGAAUGUAAUCGAUAUAUCGAAGCUUAGAAUCCCA